AGCCUAGGAUGACCCUGAACUCAUGAUUUCCCCUGCCUCUACCUUAUAAGUGCUGGGAUUACAGGACUGUGCCUUUAUUAUUUUUUAAGUUUUCUUGAAAUCUAAUUUAUUUUAUUUUAUUAUAAUUUAUUUAACUUUAUUUUAUGUGUGUUGGUAUGAAGGUGUCAGAUCCCCUGGAACUGGAGUUAGAGACAGUUGUGAGCUGCCAUGUGGGAGAUGGGAAUUGAACCUGGGCCCUCUGGAAGAACAGCCAGUGCUCCUAACCGCUGAGUCAUCUCUCCAGCCCAUUUUGUUUUGUUUCCGAGACAAGGUUUCUCUGUGUAGUUUUGGUGCCUGUCCUGGAUCUCGCUCUGUAGACCAGGCUGGCCUUGAACUCACAGAGAUCCACCUGGCUCUGCCUCCCGAAUGCUGGGAUUAAAGGCGUGCACCGCCGCCGCCGCCCACCCGGAGAUCUAAUUUAUAAUAAACUGCAAGUUUUUAAGUGUAUACUCUGAUUGGUCUCCACAAAUGUAAAUACGCAUUAAACUAACACCACAAUCUAAAUAAGGAACAUCCAUCAAAAACAUUGUGUUCUGUCUAAGCUAUGGUCAGAAUCACUCUUCCAUGCUGUAGGAAGAAGGGACUGAAGAGGGGGCAAUGGUGGACAGGAAGAAAUCUGUCGAGACCCGCAGUGCCCCGGUAGUGAUGCCCGUAGCUUGGCCCAGAGAGGUAAACCAUAGCUGUAAUUAGUUGAUUGACAAGUCAUUAACACUUUCUUGCUGGUUAUGUACUCCAUUCUGAAGAGGGCAUUUUAUUCCAUUCAUGGGGUAACACACACACACACACUCCUUUCUGUCAAGUACCUGUUGCCAUCAAUCUAAUCAUUCCAACCCUUUUAGGGCCCUGUUCCUUCUAUUACCACUCCCAAUCCACACCUUCUGUUUUCUCGAUCAUUUUCCCCUCCACACUACUUUUCUUUCCCAUUUCCAUCACACUUUCAAUGUCCAGGUGGUAUCUCCCCUCUGGCUCCAAUCUCCAAUUGUACUCGGUGCUAAUAACGCUUCAGAGUUUUAAAAAAAAAUUUUUUUUUAAAUUUCGUGGUAAGAGCCCAGUGAUGACAGUGCACCAGCCCUGGGGACCCCUGCGUCCGCCCCCGGUGCGGGCCUGGGCCUAUGCUACUGCAGGCACUCGCUGCCCAAGUAUCUUCGCUGUCAGCCGUCCCCUCCUCCUUCGGCAUCUGCUCUGCAUUAGUCUAUCCCAGGCCUCCGCAGGCGCCGAUGAUUAAAUCAUCAUCAUUAUCCAGGGCCUAUUCCCCCCACCCCCGGCAGCAGGGAGAGAGUUGGGAGGUAAGAUUGCCACGUUCCCGGAGGGUCUCUCCCUCCCCACCCCGCCCAAGGCACCCUCUCCGGGACUUCGCGAAGCCGGGAGAAACUCCCGCGGCGGAGCGGAGAGAAGGCCCGCCACCGGGACGCAGUCCCGCAGCGCGGACGCCGCAGCCGAGCAGGGUCGCACUGCACGGCGAGGACCCGGGGUCUCAGGCGAGGUCGCGUCCCAGGACGCCCACUCUCCUGGGCAGCAGCGGGCGGCGAUCGCCCGGCCUCGGAAGGCACAGGCUAUCCAUCACAAACUCCUGAAGUUGGUCCAGCGGUCGGGUGCGUGCCGUCGGAAGGACGCCCGUGGGGGGCGUGCAAUCCCGGGACCCUGCUCCACGGCCCCCCACUCCCUAAUGACCACGGGGAGGGGGGGGGCCAGCGGGCUCAGGGGGGCCAGAUUGCGAUCGCGAUGAGGCUUCGGAACCAGCUCCAGUCAGUGUACAAGAUGGACCCGCUACGGAACGAGGAGGAGGUCCGAGUGAAGAUCAAAGACCUGAAUGAGCACAUCGUUUGCUGCCUGUGCGCCGGCUACUUCGUGGAUGCCACCACCAUCACAGAGUGUCUCCACACCUUCUGCAAAAGUUGUAUCGUGAAGUACCUGCAGACCAGCAAGUACUGCCCCAUGUGCAACAUCAAGAUCCACGAGACGCAGCCGCUGCUCAACCUCAAGCUGGAUCGGGUCAUGCAGGACAUAGUGUAUAAGCUAGUCCCAGGCUUGCAAGACAGUGAAGAGAAACGGAUUCGGGAAUUCUAUCAGUCCCGAGGCUUGGACAGAGUCUCCCAGCCCAGUGGGGAAGAGCCAGCCCUGAGCAACCUUGGCCUCCCUUUCAGCAGUUUUGACCACUCCAAAGCCCACUAUUACCGCUAUGAUGAGCAGCUGAGCCUGUGCCUGGAGCGGCUGAGUUCUGGCAAAGACAAGAAUAAAAAUGUCCUUCAGAACAAAUAUGUCCGGUGCUCUGUUAGAGCUGAGGUUCGUCAUCUCCGAAGGGUUCUGUGUCACCGCCUAAUGCUAAAUCCACAACAUGUACAGCUCCUUUUUGACAAUGAAGUUCUCCCUGAUCACAUGACAAUGAAGCAGCUUUGGCUGUCCCGCUGGUUUGGCAAGCCGUCUCCUUUGCUUUUACAAUACAGUGUGAAAGAGAAGAGGAGGUAGGGGCCAGUCCUGCUUCCACCCCCUUCCCACCCCUCCCCAGAUAUUUAUGUAAAAUUAACUGUGUCUUUAUUUUUUGAAAUAAAAGCUUUUAAAAAGC